AUUAAUUGAUGAGCACUUAAAGAAGUAAACUGAGGUGGGAAAAUGAUAAAAGUGAAGAUGAAUCUUUUAAUGGUAUCCUUGUUGUUGCUAUCAAAUACAGUCAGUGCAUCGUUUAAGAAAAAAAACUCAAAGGUAAAAAUAUUUGUCUCUACCGUUUUCAAGGCUCAAUGUUCAGCAAGCUGUGGAAUUCCCGGGGUUCCAGGAGUUCCCGGUGUACCUGGAGCAGCCGGACGAGACGGUUUAAAAGGAGACGUAGGAUCUAAAGGAGAAAAAGGUGAACGAGGUAAUCCUGGUCCACCAUUGAAAAAUACCAUGAGUUUUUCAAGCUGGAAACAAUGUGCUUGGAAAAGAAAUGAUGAGAAAGAUCAUGGAUUAAUUCAGAAUUGUGUAUUUACAAAAAAGUUUGACAACACUUCCCUUCAAGUGUUUUAUGGAGGAAACUUGCGAAUUUCAGGGUGCAAUGGUUGUUGCAAACGUUGGUAUUUUACUUUCAAUGGAGUUGAAUGUAAAAACCCUCUUCCUAUUGAUGGAGUUCUUUACAUGGCCAAUGGAAAGUCACAAAAUAUCCAUCGACAUCGUCACAUUGAAGGAUAUUGUAACAAAAUUCAUAAAGGAAAACUGCAAGUUGGAUUCCGGGUCGGCAAUUGUGCUGGUUUUGGUAACGCAAAUGCAUACAGUGGAUGGAAUUCAGUUUCUCGUAUUGUUAUUAAAGAGGUUCCUCCACCACAAGAAUAAUUCCUUUUGUAUGUUCUCUUCUUGUAAAUCAGUAUUAAAUGAUUCCCGUUCUA